AUGCAGCAACCCCACGAUGAAGAAGACCAAGACUCGGAGAACAUCAAUGUCGAUACCGACACCAACAACAGCUGCCACAGCCGUUGGGAGAAUGAGGAUGCCCCUCCUCGAUUUUACCGGGUGUCCCUCAGCUUGUCAUUCCCCCGAUCCGUCGACGAUUCCAUCACCCGCCACGUCGCGCUUUGCUUCCAUGACGAUUGGCUUUUGACACCAUUGUCUUCGUCGGCGUCCGCAUCCGAAACUACCUCUCACACUGUACACUUUUACUGCCAAAAUCAAGUCUCCCUAUGCUCAGAGCUCAACGACGACGACGAUGCCACCGGCGAAGAUGGCAAUCCCUACCACGCCGACGGCUGCGGUCGCUCCUUCACGGUCGAUACUAUACAUCUCCCCGCUUGCACCACCUCCAGUCCGUCCGAUCCGUCGCCCGAAUUGUCGUCCAAGCCAGAGAAGGAGCUGCCCUCACGGCGCGGUACAACGCUGAAGGGGACGCUUGUCAUGGUGAUGACACUCUUGAUGGCGUUUUUCUUGCUAUACACGGUCUAUCAUCCUCAGUCUGUCUUCUCCUUCGACGCCUAUGGCUCAUCACCGUCUCGUUAUCGCUCCCGAAUGCUCGAUACGCGUCAUAUGCUCUCCCACGUCGAGUCCGUUUCUCUCAGCCUCCUCCCUCUUCGCUUUCACCAUCACGACCUCAAAGGAAACCCCUGCGAUAUCUGGUGGCCAGCAGACCAGCUCCUAUCAUACUCUCUGGUCACAUCCAAGCUGUCUAAUCUCGCCCGUCACGUUCAUUCUACAAAGACUUCACCUAUUACGUCAACUAAAUACCUCGACGCUUUCAAGAGCCUAGCCGACAACGCACGCGAUGCAGCCGUUCUGCUUCAAGCCAUGUCUCGCACCGAUCACACGACGUGGGAAUCCAACCUCAUCCUUCUACUCGUCAAUGUGCGCGAUGACCUUGACUCUAUGCCGGCACCGAAACCGACACCGAAAUUCACCACCACCACAUACGAUCAAUACAAUACAAGUACUGGCGCCCUCGCUCAGUCGUUUCUUGGCUACCUCAAGUCUUCCCACAAGAACAUGGAUGCUUGGGUGCGCCAAUUAAAAGCCUUGGAGCACCAUCUCCACAAGUCUCAGCUACUUCAGGACGCCGUCAUUCAUAUGCUCGUAGACAUGUCACACAACGAGGUCGUCUCUCCGGGCCAUAGAACCCCGAAGGGUAGCGAGAGCGGCAGCGGCAGCCCCUGGUGGAGCGAAGACAUUGUGUUUUACGUAAAGCUUCUGACACAGGAACUAGCACCCCGCCGCGAUGCUGUUCGCGGGUUGGUGAAUGAGGCCUUGAUGACUCUCGAGGCGGCACGCGAGACUGUGGGAACGUCACUGGAUUGGCUUGCCAAGACGGCGGUUCAGGCUGAUGCCUUGACGGCCCACAUCAUCCACGCACAGCGCCGUUUGCGGGAGCUGGAAUCGGCUGCUGCGGCUCGGGAUGCUGGAGCGAAGCAUGUACGCCACCAGAUCACCGUUGAUCCUCCUCUUCGGCGCCGCCUCUUCGAGCUGGACCGCGCCGCCAAACAUCAGUGGGCUUGGGUAAGCGCCAUCUGGCCUAUGGACGAUGGAUUGGGUUUACAAGCCGGAGCAGAGGACGGAGGAGAGCCAGAACCAGGGAAACCAACAUCUGGAAGCAGUGUCGGUCUCUGCCACCGCGAUGUCGCCCAUCACGGAGAGUGGGUUACGUCAACGGUGACAACCAAGGCAGCCGAGAGAUCAGCUACCGCUCAGCCUCAGAAAUGA